UUCUUUCCCCCACCCCUUUGUUUUUUUCAAAUCACGAAUGUUUUUGUUGCUGAAUUUUUUUGUAGCAAUUCUCUCUUUGAGACUGAUAGAAUGAUGGAAGGAUUCUCCCCGAUUUCGCCACCGCGAAUUUUCUGGAAUUCGCGCAAGAGAUCAGCUAGUUCCCGAAGCUUAGAGAGUUCAUUGAAGGAAGAGGGGGACAGCAGAGUUCUCAAUGACAUUACAAAGGAAAACCAAGCCCCUUCAAGCCCAUUAAAUGACAAUGAGAAACAAGAUGAUCCUAAAGCUAAUCUCUCUGAGAGACGCCGAGCUCUAUUCGAACCAUUGCAGCCAAUCACGUACCGUGGAGAUGGCAAGACUCGAACUCCUGCUGAAGAGCUCCUCCCACCGCCAGACUUUGACUCAACCUCAUACCCAAAAGGAUGGUUAGUAGGAAAGAAGCGGAAGCUCGUAAAUGUGGAUGUGGUUGAAAGCAUGAGGAGGAUUGCAGUCCAGGAGAUGAACAGAAAGGAUAGAGAGAUUGAUGGCCUCAAUGAGCAGCUGGAGGAAGAUGCUAAAUGCCUCGAACGUCUCCAGCUACAGUUGCUUGAUGAGCGAAGCAAGAGAGCUGAUGUUGAGAGGGAGAAUAGUAUGUUGCAGAAUCAGAUUACCAUGCUCAUGACCUUGCUUGAAGAAAACCAAGCAAUGGAAGAUGAAGCAGCAGAAGGGGAUGAAGCUUCCCUUCCCUGAAAUUCAUGGAUGUUCUUUAAUUUUAUAUAAGGCAGCAGCUCCAGAGACUCAUUUGUGACCUGUUUAAUAGAUUUACAGCAAAGUGAUAUUUGUUAAUGCAAUCUAGAAGAAUAAGAGAUGGGUAUCAAUAUACUUAUUUUGUUCUUUUUAUUAUUUAAAAUGUGCAGUGUUACAGUUACCUGGCAUAUGUAUUUAUUGUAAGCAGUUCAGAAUAUUUUAUAAUAUUCAUUUGAUGUAUGAAAGUGAUGGAAACA